AUGGCUGAUGAGAAGAAAGCACAGCAAGCCUCCAAGAAGGGCGCGAAGAAAAUCAUCAAGAAGGCGCCAGCGAAGGGUGGCAGAAAGAGGAGGCGGUCCAGGAAAGAAAGUUACUCCAUCUACAUCUACAAAGUGAUGAAGCAGGUUCACCCCGACACCGGCAUCUCCUCCAAGGCCAUGAGCAUCAUGAACUCGUUCGUUAACGAUAUUUUCGAGCGGAUCGCGGGAGAGGCUUCCCGCCUGGCCCAUUACAACAAGCGCAGCACCAUCAGCUCCCGGGAGAUCCAGACCGCCGUGCGGCUGCUGCUGCCCGGGGAGCUGGCCAAGCACGCCGUGUCGGAGGGCACAAAGGCGGUGACCAAGUACACCAGCUCCAAGUGAAGGACCGCACUGCACUGAAACAAACACACAUCCACAACCCAAAGGCUCUUUUAAGAGCCACCUACAACCUUCAUAAGGCAGCUGAACCAAAGUAUUUUGUUUAGCUUACAUGUGAUUCUAUUUUAACUUGUCGUACUAUGUUACGUUUAUAACUGCUUUGCAAUUUGAGAUACGGGAAUUGGAGGGGGGCGGUGGAGUAUACAUCACAAACAGUCCCUUCAGUAGA